AUGGCUCCACUAGUGAGGUAUCAGACAACUACCCAGCUCAUUGAAUCCGCCCGCCUCACACCCACCGAGCACUCAAUUUGGAGAGCUUUUUUGGAUGAGGCCGUCGAUCCGGAGUAUGCUGCUUGCUAUAUCUGGGAAAGAAUUCAUGAUCGCGCCGCCUGUUCUAUAGAGCAGACCCUGGAUGAGUUAAAAAUUGACUGGAAGCGACUGGUUACGAAGUUGGCCAAAAGAGACUUGGUCUCGUCUCAAGCAUGCACACUGGUUGAGACUCGAGAUAACUCUCAUUGUUUUAUGCUGGACCAAAAGCCAUCGGACCCUAACGUAUCCGUUCGGUUUGAUCAUGCUUGGGUCAUUCCACCGAGCCUUUUCAAUGACAGUGACAUGGACCCGCGGGGUUCUCUCUAUCCUCUCCUGCGGGCAUUUCUGACACCAACGAAAGCAUCCGAGCUUCAAGCAAUUUUGCAGACUGACACACCGGAAUAUAAACUGAAGAAUCUAUUCUUACUAUCUCCUAGUGUGCAUUCGGCUUUUCGGAAUGGAAGAAUCCGAAUCUUUCCAGCAACUAACACUCCCGACCAGUGGAAUGAUGAAACCGAGGCCAGAAUCAAGACCGCUGGUGAAGUUUGUUAUUUUGUGCACAGACUCUCACCGGAGCCUUGUGGUGGGUUGUUCCUUAGCGACGGUAGCCACUGGAACUCAACAAUGCAAAUGUUCAUCAUGGAGAGCCAAGACACCAAUCAGCAUCUUCCAGAUCCAUUCUUGUUACGAACUCAUUACCGCAUUGCAGCUUCUAUGCAUCUAUUCUAUGUCGAAGAACGAAUUGCUGAGGGAUGGCCUUCACCCCCGUUGUUCCGGUUCAAUCAAGUGACCCAGAAAAUUCUACGCUCAGUCUGGCGUCUCGUGCCUCACUUUCUACGUGUUCAGUGUUACGGCGUGCUCCUAAAUCUAGGCAGUCAUCUGUAUCCGCGGUCUUUCACCGGCCUCGUGCAUCAGUUACCGUUCGGACUGUAUGCAAAAGAGUGCACUCGCACUCCGAAUGAAGGAGAGACACUCAGGCUCAUGGAAAGGUAUACUUCGAUUCCCGCACCCCUUUGGGUAGAUGAUUACCAAGGUCUACACCGCGUUCUUAUCAUGACGAGCGUGCCUGGGCAGACUCUUGAUGUUGUUUUCCACCGGCUCUCAUACUCGGAGCGCAAGCAACUGUCGAAAGAUUUGAAGAAUGUCUUAUCGCAACUACGUUCUAUCCCAAACCAGACCCCGUACCGCUUCGGCGAUAGUCAUGGCGGCCCGUUGUUUGAUUAUCGUUUCCCGUCUGGCGUAUGUGGACCAUUUCAUCAAAUUUCUGACUUUAAUUCCUUCCUUGUCCACAAAUACGUCCUCAGCGAGACAAGGGAAAAAGUCGCGGCCGUUCAUGCCCGUUCGUACCGGUCUGUGUUCACCCAUGCAGACCUCCAUCCCAAGAAUAUUAUUAUCAAUCGUGGGCGCCUGUCUGGAAUUGUGGAUUGGGAAUGCGCCGGCUUCUAUCCUGAGUAUUGGGAGUUUACAAAGCUCUUUUACGGUCUACAGCCAUCCCCGGAAAUACAAGCUGUCAUUCAUGAUGCAUUCACAGGAGAUACAUAUGAGGAAGAGUUAGCAGCUGAGAGGCUACUGUGGUAUGCCACACCGUUUGGAGUAUGA